UAAUAAAUUAAUAUCACAAAUUUAUUGAAUUUCCGGAUAAAGAGUAUCCUAGACCAGAGCACUGAGGUGGGGAUACCCAUGUGAUACUACACCCCGUGCCUCUUCUCGUCACCAUUCAUUUCUCUUGAUCUCGGCGUAGCGUUCAGCGACUUUUUACGGACAAUUAUAUUUUUUGAUCAAAGCUUUUGAGUCUAGGAUUUUUUAUUCACUUGUAUUCAAGAUGUACAGACUACCGACACUAGUGCGUGGAGUUGCGUCGCGACAAAUGCAGCUGCAAGCUCGUUUGUACGCAAAGGAUGUACGUUUUGGAGUUGAUGUACGAGCUACGAUGCUGAAAGGAGUUGACAUUCUGGCUGAUGCUGUCGCAGUGACGAUGGGACCCAAAGGCCGCAAUGUAAUAAUCGAGCAGAGCUGGGGCAGCCCUAAGAUCACCAAGGACGGAGUGACUGUUGCGAAGAGCAUUGAACUGAAAGACAAAUUCCAGAACGUUGGUGCUAAGUUGGUUCAAGAUGUCGCUAAUAAUACCAACGAGGAAGCUGGUGAUGGUACGACAACUGCGACAGUGUUGGCUCGUGCUAUCGCUAAGGACGGGUUUGAAAGAAUAAACGCUGGUUCAAAUCCUGUUGAGAUAAGACGGGGAGUCAUGAUGGCGGUCGAUACUGUGAAAGAUGAGCUGAAGAAAAUGAGUAAACAAGUUACGACACCAGAGGAAAUUGCACAAGUUGCUACAAUUUCAGCCAAUGGUGAUACUCUUAUUGGUAAGCUGAUCUCAGACGCGAUGAAGAAAGUUGGAAAAGAGGGAGUGAUAACAGUAAAAGAUGGCAAGACAUUAGAAGACGAGUUGGAAAUAAUUGAAGGAAUGAAAUUCGACAGAGGAUACAUCUCUCCUUACUUUAUUAACUCUACCAAGGGAUCUAAAGUCGAGUUCCAAGAUGCCUUGGUGUUGUUCAGCGAGAAGAAGAUCUCGUCGAUCCAAAGUAUCGUCCCGGCAUUGGAGUUGGCCAACUCGAUGCGCAAACCUUUGGUGAUCAUCGCUGAGGAUGUCGAUGGUGAAGCAUUGACUACACUCGUUAUCAACAGACUCAAGAUCGGUCUUCAGGUGGCGGCUGUCAAAGCCCCAGGUUUCGGUGACAACCGCAAAGCAACUCUUCAAGACAUGGCUAUCGCUACUGGUGGUAUUGUCUUUGGAGACGAAGCUAAUCUUGUUAAAAUAGAAGAUGUUCAAGCCAGUGACUUGGGACAGGUUGGAGAGAUCAUAAUCACCAAGGAAGACACACUUUUGCUUAAAGGAAAAGGAGCUCAGGCAGACGUUGAACGACGCGCUGAGUUUCUACGAGACCAAAUUGAUAACUCAACUUCUGAGUACGAGAAAGAAAAACUGCAAGAAAGAUUGGCCAGACUUGCUGCUGGAGUUGCCGUCCUGAGAAUCGGAGGCAGCAGUGAAGUUGAAGUUAACGAGAAAAAAGACCGAGUCAAUGAUGCUCUGAAUGCAACACGUGCCGCCGUCGAGGAAGGAAUCGUUCCCGGAGGUGGAACCGCUCUCCUCAGAUGUGCCCCAGCAUUGAGAAACCUCAAAGCAGAGAACAAUGACCAAGCAUUAGGUAUUAAGAUUGUAGAGAAAGCACUUCGCCAGCCGUGCUUCCAAAUCGCAUCCAACGCAGGAGUUGAUGCCGGCGCCGUGGUGGCCAAAGUAUCCGAAGGACCACUUGGUUACGACGCCAUGAACGAUAAGUACGUAGACAUGAUCGAAGCCGGAAUAAUUGACCCAACCAAAGUUGUCCGAACGGCUUUGACUGAUGCUGCUGGUGUUGCUUCGUUACUCGCAACCGCUGAAAGUGUCGUCUGCGAUAUUCCCAAAGAAGAUGCGCCAAUGGGUGCGAUGGGUGGUAUGGGCGGAAUGGGAGGUAUGGGCGCCAUGGGAGGUAUGGGUAUGUAAGGAGUGUAGUUUCCUUACACUUUUAAAUCAGAAUAUAUAUCAAGUAGCAAAUGCAUUUGUGAGUAACUGAGGCUUCUGUUUAAUCAUAUUCGUCUUUUCAUUUUUUUACGCGUACUCAUAAUAGUUGUAUACAUUCCUGCAGCUUUUCGACUUUUGGUUAUACAUUUAAUACUUAAUUUAUAUUUUUAUAAUUGGCUUAAUUAAAAUAUUGAGGUGUUAUUCACAAAUGCAAGUGCCGAAGCUACUGGGAUCACAUCUCUGUAAAAAAUACCCAAGAUUGAUCAUGUAAAAUAUAAUUAACUGUACAAUAAUAAUAAUUACAAAAAUUGUUCUGAUGUCACCACAUAAACUUUAAGUUUGAUGUUUUUUAAAUGUAAAAAUGCAUUUACGGAAGAUAACGAGACAAUUGAUAUAGUUAUUAAUGUAAUGUAACAUUAGUGUAAUAAGCUGACUAUUUUAUACUUUUUAAAUUUAUGUUCAACAUUAUUUAGCAGACAUUUACUUCAUGUUUAACAUUUCCACUAAUCAUUUAUGUAACAUUUUCUUUAUGAAUACAUGUAAAAAAUUUAAAAAUUAUAAGUGUGUUCAGUGACGAGUAA